UGCUCGCCCGCCUUCUCCUCUCCGCGCCAUGGACAUCGCCAUCCACCACCCCUGGAUGCGGCGGCCCCUGGGCUUCCCUUCGGCCUUCCCGUCGCUCUUCCCACCACGUCUUUUCGACCAGAGGUUUGGCGAAGGGCUCUUUGAGAGCGACCUGUUCCCGGCCACGCUCAGCCCCUAUUACAUGCGUACGCCCAGCCUGCAGAUGCCUGCCAUGCCGCAGAUACCGGACACGGGGCUUUCGGAGGUGAAGAUGGACAAAGACAAGUUCUCUGUGUUGUUGGACAUGAAGCAUUUUUCACCUGAAGAGAUGAGCGUGAAGGUGAUUGGGGACUACAUCAAAGUUCAUGCCAAGCAUGAGGAACAAAAAACUGGUCAUCGCCAUUACUACAUCUCCCGGGAGUUCCGCCACCACUACAUGAUCCCCAAGGGGGUUGACCCGGCAGCCAUCACCUCGGCCCUGUCUCCCGACGGGGUGCUAUCCAUCACGGCACCAACUACCCAGGCUCUUCCCGGAGUGGAGCACAGCAUCCCCAUCAGCCACCAGGAAAAGCCUGCCGUCACCGGAAAGUAAUAGGGUAGCACCCUAGCUUGGCUUUUUGCUCUCAGUUU